UCGGGAAUGGAUGUGCUUGUUCUAAAGAAAAUGUACAAAUCGUAGUCCUGUAAGGGGGUCUGUUUCUGUUUGUCGUGCUCGGACUCUUCCCGCUAUUUUGUGGCUCAGUAGCUCAGCUAGCUGUUGUUGAUUACUGAGCUCAGUGGGAAGAAGGAAGAGGCCUCCUACCUUCAAGCUAGUAAAAAAAAAAAAAAACAGUCACAGAGCAUUAGCCAACUCCUACUUAAGCUAGGCUAGCAAUCAUAGCUGCUUCUGCUUUCUGGAAAACUGAAAUGAAAUUAGUUUCUUUACGACAAACUCAGAUUGUACCAUCUGUGUUAGCUUUGUUGCUAACAGCAGUGAAGUGGAGCUGAUCACCAAACACGCUUGGCUCCGCAUAAAACAGAAUGUCUAAAAGUGAAACGGAAGAGAUGAUAGAGAUCGAGAUUGAUGAACGGGAGAAACAGGCGUGUCUGGAGGAAGGUGUUGAGGAACAGACCAUCACUGCAUCAGAUUUGAUUCAACAAGAUAUCGACAUCAAUGAACCCAUUGGCAAUCUAAAGAAGCUCUUGGAGCCUCGUAUCCAAAUAUCACUGGAUGCAUAUGAGAUCUGCUUGCAGGACAUUCAGCUUCAUCCUGAUCACAGCCUCUUCGAUCAGGGAGUGAAGACAGAUGGCACAGUGCAGCUCAGCCUGCAGAUAUUAACCAAACCAGGCGAGGAGAAGUUGAACAUUUUGGAAAUUGUGAAGCCAGUAGAAACAGUCGAGGUGGUGAUCGAUCCAGAUGCAGCAGGAGAGGAGGGAGCUCUGGUGGAGGAGGGUCAACUCAUCGCUGUGGAGCGAUCUGGCCUGUCAGAUGAGACGUCGGAGCAGGUCACACGCUGGGCCGCAGCACUCGAAGGUUACCGCAAAGAGCAGGUUCGCCUGGGCAUACCAUAUGAUCCUGUGCUCUGGUCAGCUGACCAGGUGAUACACUGGGCUGUAUGGGUAAUGAAGGAGUUUAACAUCGAUGAGAUGGAAAUAGGCAGCAUUCACAUCCCAGGCCGAGAUCUCUGCUCGUUCAACCAGGACGAGUUCCUUCAGAAAGUGCCCAAUGGAGAGAUUCUCUGGAGUCACCUGGAGCUCCUGCGCAAAUAUGUGUUGGCAAGCCAGGACCAGUCUGGAGGAGACGCUACCGUCACCAUCGAUCAACCUGUGCAGAUAAUCCCAGCUCAAGUGAGCACACCUACCGCCAUAAAGGUGUUGAAGCAGAGCCGUGGCCCCAGAGCUCCCCGGAUUUCAGGAGGAGAGGAGCGCAGCUCACCUGGCAACCGCACAGGCAACAACGGUCAGAUCCAGUUGUGGCAAUUUCUUCUGGAGCUGUUGACAGACAAGGAUGCCAGAGACUGCAUCUCCUGGGUGGGCGAGGAGGGCGAGUUCAAACUCAACCAGCCGGAGCUCGUGGCGCAGAAAUGGGGUCAGCGCAAGAACAAACCAACGAUGAACUAUGAGAAACUCAGCAGAGCCCUCAGGUAUUACUACGACGGGGAUAUGAUCAGCAAGGUGCAGGGCAAGCGCUUUGUCUACAAGUUUGUGUGCGACCUGAGAACUCUGAUUGGCUACAGCGCUGCUGAGCUCAACAACCUGGUGACAGAGUGUGAACAGAAGAAACUGGCUCGCAUGCAGAUGCACGGCAUCGGCCAGCCGAUCACCACAGUGACGCUGGCCACCACCACAUUAGACAAAGACAAUACGCUGCAUUAAAAAACGCUCUCCUGCUGCCAAAGUUUGCUCUCCACUGCUGAUUGGAAAUCAAAUCAACUUUCUUCUUUUUUGAGACGACUGUGUUUAUCAGGCACAGAAAUGCAAGGCUGAUCCCUGAUCAGUGUGGAUUCACUUUGUUAUUGUCUUUACAGUGUGAACUUAGACUGAGGCAGGUAAAAGUUCUGUAACUCUAACCAAGAGACCUGUGUUCAGGAUGAGGAAGCGAGUGUGUGGUGACUGAGGUGUGUGUGUGCGUGUGUGUGCGUGCGUGCGUGUGUGUGUGUGUGUGUGUCUGUCUGAGUUAUGAGCUUUGUGUAAUGCGUUCCUUGUCUGUAGUUUAGGAUCAUUUCCACUGUAUAUACCGGUACUUCAUGUUUUUGAUAGCCACAAGGACAAGUGUAUUUUCAUAUUUUCCAUUUAUAGAGGACCUGUUUUGUAUUUUAUUUAGUGUUUGUUCCCUAAAUUGUUGGACCCUUUUUUGUCCACUAGAGGGAAUAAAGUGUCAAGCAUUUUUCUUAAAA